GAAGCAACAAUAAUAAAGUGCAGCAAACUGUCAAAACCCGUUCGCCAGGAUGCAAACAGUUCAAUAGAUUACAAACAUUUCCCCAUCAGCGAUUUAGUUCUCUUUAGAAAGUGUUGAACAAAAUAAAAGUCGAGCUAACGGUACUAGCAUGAGCCUCGUGUACCGUAACAGCCUUCUGUUACACUCCAUCGUUCUGUGCGCUACCCUGCUACACGGCCCCGUUCCUACCGUAGGUGCAAAGGGACCCCAUCAUCCGGGGGGUGAGUUUAGCCGCAAAGCAGACAAACAUCACCUGGACGAGCAUUUGCAACCGGAGCGAGACCAUCUGGAAGAUGACUUGAAGAGAUUGCCAAUCGGCGAACAGAGCCUGACGGAAAUGUCGGAGGACGAGAAAAACUUUUACUACUUCAAGCUGCACGAUUCGGACAAUAACGACAAUCUCGAUGGGUUGGAAAUGCUGCACGCGGCCACCCAUCAUCACAGCAAAUCCGACGGUCAGCUGCACGGUAUCGAUCGUGCCGCGACCCAGACGGGCGAUGAUCGUGCACCGCUGCUGGACGAUGACGAAUUCAACCAUAUCAUUGAGGUCAUUGAUGAUUUCAUCGAGUUUGCAGAUACGGACAAGAAUGGGCUGCUAAACUAUCCCGAGUACAUAAAUGCCAUCAAUCUAAACGAUCCCAAAACGCAACCCUCAACGGUCGACAACAGUCCGAAUGAGCCCGGGCAACGCGCCGCUGCCCCUACGGAUGUUCCUGCCGAAAGCGAUGCUAAAUAAAAAGUUAAACAAA